UAUCCGUUAGCCUCGUGCCCCUUUUCUUUUUUGAAAGUCCCCCCCCAUAUUCUUCGCUCGCUAUAUUGCCUACUUACCCGCUUUAUGUUUCCUUGCUUAAGCCCUUGGUGUUACGGGGGCGUUGUCUCUGAACGAGACAGCUUGAACGACGGCAUUAUAUCGCAAUGACACCUUUACGGGCCAUCCUCCCCAUGCUGGCAUUGAUCGCUUUGGCCGUCGCCUCUCAGAAUCUCACCAUGUACUUCGCGGAGUGUGCCCAGCCGUGUAUUGAGUCGUCAAUUAGCAAAAACUCGAACUGUACCGGACCCGACGAUGUCAAAUGUCUGUGUAGCAAUAUCCGGUAUAUAGGGAUAGGCUCGUUAUCCUGUGCCCAGGGGGCAUGUUCCAACUCUUCGGAGCAGCUCGCGUAUACGCUGCAUUCGGAAUUUGUAAAUUACUGUAACGAUAAUGGGGAAGAAGUUAGUAAUGAUUUUUCAGGAGGCGGAUACCCACCAGUUUGGACCGCUUCAUGGGGUAAAACAUCAUCACCUACCACGUCGGCAACAAGCAUGACCUCACCGGUCGCCGUUACCGAGCCGCCGAGCAACGAACAGCAGAGCCUUUCAAAUACAGGCGGAGGCGGUUUAAGCGGAGGUGCUAUAGCUGGGAUAGCUGUUGGGGUGGGUGUUGCGUGUAUCUUGAUUACGGGAGGGCUGCUACUUUACGCUUUCCGACUAGGUAGAGGCCAUUCGAAGCGUACGCAAGGAGAAGAGCCUGCGGAUGUUGGCCCACAGGAAGAGGGCGGAGGAGACUAUAAUGGGACAGACAGCAUAUUGGAGGCGGAGAAAAAGGUGCAACUGGAGGGUGCACCAGUGAACGAGCUUCCGACGGAGCAUACGCUGUCUGGAUUUUAUCCCGUCAAAGAGCUAGCAACGCAUGAGAAGCCGAUCGAGCUGAGUGCCGAUCCCAUCCCACGCCGUGCGGAUGAUGGGAGCCCAAUAUUGGCUACGUCUUGGAGAUGAUGCCGAAUGGCCAUCCUUUGGAUAAACGUGAAAAAAAACAAAAAUAAAUCCCAAAUAUAAUAGAUACCUGUGACUGGUAGCGCAUACACAUAAUACUAAGUUAGUAGAUAGGAGCUAGACGCUUGGUAUUAACUAGAAGUCCAUCACAACCAUUGAUGAAUACCUUACUAUAUACAGGGAUAAGGU